AUGCUCGUCCUUCUGCUGGCUGUGUGCGCGGCUGCGACCCAGCCCGUGGUCAAAGUCCUGAAUGGCAGCUACAGUGGCGUCCAUUUACCUCAGUUCCAGCAAGACAUCUUUCUCGGGAUACCCUAUGCUCAAGACACUGGAGGCCAUAACCGCUUCAGGAUCCCCCAGGCGCUGAAUGAGACCUGGCAAGAUGUACGGCCGGCCACGAAUUACAGCCAUGCUUGUCCAGACAUAUCUGCCGCAGACACAGUUUAUGGCAUGAGCGAGGACUGCCUGAGUAUCAAUAUCGUACGUCCAGCUGGUCUCAAGCCGAGCACGAAAUUGCCAGUCUUGUUAUGGAUCCAUGGCGGCUCCUAUCAGGUCGGCAGCAGCGGCCUUUCCAACUACAACCUGACGUACAUCGUGGAGAGGUCAAUCGAUACCGGCAAACCCAUCGUAGCUGCUUCGAUCAAUUACCGCAAAGGUGGCUGGGGCAAUAUGUACAGUAUCGAAAUUCAAGGCUCUGGAAACGCCAACCUGGCUAUUCGAGACAUGCGCCAAGGACUGGCGUGGAUCUCGGAGAACAUCGGCGCUUUCGGGGGAGACAAAGAUUGCGUGACCAUCUGGGGUGAGAGUGCAGGUAGUUUCGCAGUCGGUCAGCUUCUCAUGAGCUACGGGGGCAGAACUGACGGGCUAUUCCAUCGCUCCAUCCAGGAGUCAGGAUCAGCAGCAACUGCGUGGUACAAUGGCAGUGAUUGGUAUCAGCCCAUUUAUAAGAGUGUAGUUGAUGGUGUCAACUGUACGGAUGCGGUUGACACUCUGGCAUGUCUGCGUACCGUGUCCUAUGAAGCCAUCUUUCCGUUCCUGAACGGCUCCACCAUUCCAGGCCCCGGCUGGUAUCCCACAGUCGAUGGAGACAUCAUCCCAGACUUCCCGACAGUCCAGCUAGAGAAGGGCCAAUUUGCGCAUGUCCCGCAUUUAUACGGCACAAAUUCCGACGAAGGCACAGACAACGCACCCGUCGGCAUAAUCAACACAGACGCAGACCUCAAACACUACCUCCUCACUCAAGUCGGCUUCGGAUACCCAGAAUCUACAGUCGACCACAUCAUGUCCCUCUACCCCGACGAUCCAACCCAAGGCGUCCCAAUCAACACCGGGACCGAACGCUUCGCCUCCCGAGGCUGGCAAUACAAACGCGUCGCAGCAAUCGUCGGGGACAUUUUCUACCACGCUCCCAGACGCACCGAUGCCCAGAAUUACGCCAAAUACUCCCCAACCUACAUCUACCGCUUCAAUACCCGACCUUGGGAAAACAACACCAACGCCACCUACACAGACUACACCGGAAGUCUAGCUCCCGCAUACAAAGGCGUACAACAUUUCAGCGAAGUGGCUUUCGUCUUUCACAACCCUACGACUGUGGGUCCUUGGCCUGAGUAUCGGGCUUUGAGCGAUCAGGUGAGUGAGCAGUGGAUCAAUUUCGUGUAUUCUGGGAAUCCGAAUGGGGAGGGAGUGCCGGAGUGGCCGAAGUACAGUGACGGUGAGAAAGGGCUGAAUCUUGUUUUGCAGACGAAGGACCAGGGAGGGAGUUGUGCGGAGAAUGAUACGUAUCGAUUGGAUGGGAGGGAGUUUUUGAGUUUGUGGGCGAGGAGGAGACAUGUUUGA